CUAUACUUCUAUAAAGCCAUCCACAGUACCUAACCUGAUCUUGUCAGUAUAGUAUAUCAUCUAAUAUAAAUAUUGGAUUUUUAUAGUCUGCAAUUGCGUUUUAUUAAUUUUUAUAAUUUAUUAUCAAUCAGACAUUUCUCGCAAAUGAAUAUUUAAUUGUCAUUUUUAUGAAAAAUGACUCGUUUUGUAAGGUAAUAAAUAUAAAUACGCACAUACGUGAUUCCAUUAACAUUGUGGCGACGUUUAUUCGACACACUUGGCCUCGGCUUUAUUCGGCUGAGAAAAAGCAGAACGAAUUUCAUGAACGUUGAACUUUUCUAUUUGUGAAAUUGUGUGAGAUCAUAUGUGUUGCCUUUUUUGUACAAUAAGAAAUUUUGGAAUAUGAUUCUGAGACAUGGCAGAUAAAUUAGGACAUUUAUCAGUUUCAAUUAACUUCAAGCAAACAAGCGCUUUAUUGGAUGAGAUUAUAUAAAGUGGAUAAAAUGAUGCAUUACGGGCCAUGGGGUCAAUAUAAUACAAUAUUGAAUAAUCAUUGUUACGCAGCAUAUAUUGAUACAAUGCCAUCCUAUCAACAUCGUGAUCAAUUAACUGAAGAGGAAAACGAACAGGCUGGUGACGAGACACAUGAUACAAUGACACCUGCUACUUCCGGAGACCGUAGUUCUAGUGCAGAUCUGUUUAGAUUAGAAUUUGCAGCUGCUCAGUGGUCUAAGUUGGUUUCUAAUGCAGAAGGCCUAUUUACAAAACUCAUGACGAAUAAUGUCUUGCCACACACUGAACAGGAUCAAAUUGAGCAGUGGCUGUGCAUGAAACAAGAGUAUGAAGAAUGUAUAGCUAGUGAUGAAACCACUAGUUUGCAAGGAUAUGCAGAGAAUACAAGAAGAUCAUUGGAACGUAUUGAGGAAGUAACUGAGACUGACGAAAAAACGGACGAAUCCGCGAAUCAAGUAAAACUUAAACUUAAUUCCAAUUGUACUUCCAGUUCGGAGAGCGAACUAUCCGAUGCUGAAGAGGACGAAGAUGAAGAUGACGAAGAGGAUCAAAGCGAUGUGAGCUCAGAAAGUCCGGAUUUUUUGGAGAAGUUGGAUGAGUUUAUGAGCAAGUUUAAAAUAGAAACUGAUAUAAUUGUCGGCUCUAAAAAGGAUGAUUUCAAAGAAACAAACAUUGGGCUUACAUCUCCAUCAGUUACAAGAUCCGUAAAUAAUAAUUAUGUACCGGUAGCUCGUCCUAUACCGAUAAGAAAUCCAAAUUCUAGGAGAAAUUCUAUGCUUCCUGGUUCGGACAUGUGCAAUGAAGUAUUAGUCUUCAACGACAGUUUGAAACCUUGCUCUAAUCAAAAUCUUGGAAACCAUAUGUCAGAAUAUACUAAACCAUGUAUGUUAGAUAAUCGUGAAUCGGAAGUUAACAUUAAUGAUAAUGCCAUUAACGAUAGUUUCCUUGCAAUACAAAAUGACAACUCGCGAGAUUUGUUACUGGACGCUCUCAAAAACAUAGAGAUAUCUGAACCUAUCAAGGAAUUAAAGGCUCUAACAUUACAUAAUGAAGCAAAGCAAACACAAGUAAAGAAGAUUCAAUCAAAUUUGGAUGGAGCUCAUAAACGUAUCGAAGAACUGCAGGCGACAAUUAAAAUUAAACAACGUUUUAUAGCGGAUAUGAUUAAGAAUUCUGACACGCGUACUAAUGCAAAACAAAAAUUCCAACGUAAACGCAAUAAAUUGGAAGAAGAGUAUUACAAUACGAGAACACAAUUAGUGCAGGCGGAAAAUGCAUUUAUGUACAAACAGCCUGAGGAAAAGACGUUACACAAGAAAGACAUUGAAGUGAUAAAAAGUAACGCUUUACAUUACGAGAAACGAAUGCUAGAUAUAGACAUGAUAAAGCAAAUUGCGGGUGAUUCAACGAAAAAGAUUCUAGAGCUUGAAGCUUCGCUGAAUACUUCUAAAAAGCAGAUGGAUAAGUUGAAGCGACAACUAAAACGAGAAGAAGAGCGUAAAAAGGAAUUGGAGGAAGAACUUGCAAAGGAUCAACAGAAGAUUCGCGAACUCGAGGAGAAGUACAACUUAACUGCUUCCAAAUUGAAGGAGAUGCAAUCGGAGAGCGAGGAUGAGAGGCAUAAUGCAAAAUCGAAGAUCGAUUGCUUGGAUAAGAAGAAGAACUUGUUGGAUGUAAGUGCGAGAAUAUCUCAUCUGGAUCACGUUUUGAAGGAAAAGUCCAUGGAUUUGGAGAGAACCGCGGAUAUAGACGAAAAGGAGGCUUUACGGCACGAGAUAAGAAAUUUGAGACACACUCGAGAUUGUUUGGUGGACGAGAAAUGCGACUUGGACGAAAAAUUUCAAAAGGAGAGAACUCUGACUACGACCGAGGAACGUAAAUUACUAGAAUGCGGCGAAACUAUCGAGGCUAUCGACGCGAUGAUCGAGCAUAAAAACGAAAUGAUAUGUGGAAGAAAGGACUUCGAUGAGAAUCAGUCUCAACGCGAGAAGGGCGAGAGGAUGCUGAUGGAACGCUUGAAGAAGCUCUCUCACGGCGAGAUAAUAACGUUAUUCAUGAAGUACUUUCGCAAGGUGAUCGACUUGAAGGAGAGUUCGAAGAAUCUGGAAGUUCAGAUAACGGAGCUGGAGGCGCACAUCGCGAAUCAGGAUUGGCGGCUAAUGGAGGCUGAGAAACGAAUGGUCCUGAUGCAGAGGCAGUAUGAGGACAAGUUGCAUUACGUUUUCCGACACAUUGCGGAAGAGACGAGCAGCUCCGGCCACGAGAGGCUGGAUAAGGAUUCCGAACUCGCGAGAUACAAGAAGGAGAACAGGGCUCUGAAGAAGCGUUUGGCGGACGUCGAGGCUCUCCUUAAAGGUACAACACCCCCGCGCACAGCCAGUCCCUGUAGAGCUCUACAGCAGGGAUUGAAACAGAUCGCGCCUAACACUCGUUCGACGACUAAGGUAACCAGACAGCGGAAUAAGCUGAUCAUUCAAAAGACGACUGAUUGCGAUAAAAAGAAAAAGUGACUUUGUCAAUAAACGAGUAAGUUUCCUUUUUUUUGCAUAUUAUCAACGAAUUUUGUUUAAAUUUUUAUAAUGUAUACACUUGUUUUAUAUAUGGUGAGCCUGAUAAAAAGUUCACUAUGUAUUGUCUUAUAUUUUUACAUAAUAUCAAUUCAUUAGUAUUAAAAAUGCGAUAGAUUAUAUAUAGAAUUAAGUUUCGCUUUUUUAAUACAAUGAAAAAGAGUACUUUUUUAUAAUUUAUAUAGAUUAUAAUUUGUGAUAAGUUUUUUUAGGUGUGAAGAGCAAUUAAUACUUAUUCUGUAUUUUUGUAGGAUAUGUAUAUCGCUAAAAGUAUAUUAAUCUUAACAUUUUGUGAAAUGUACCAGUAUGUCAAUAUUGACUGAUUGUGUUAAUAUUAGAUAGGUGUUAAAAUUAGAUUGUUUAAAUAGACAAUUAAUUAGUUUGAUAAUUACACUCGUUGAGAGAUGAAAUUCAUAUUCACGAAUAAGGACAGAUUUACAAUGUACAUUUAAUUACAGGUCAUUGCAUGCAUUUUAUCUCCAGUUGUAUUUAUUACAGGAUAUACAUAUAUAGUCGUAAAUAUUUCAGGCCCAUAUUAUAUAUAUAGUAUAUAAUAUUAAUAUUUAGAAAAAUAAUAGUCAGGAAUCUUAUUCGCGGAAGCGUAUUUGCAUGCUGCUCGUAAUAUCGCAUUAUUAUUUGUAACAAAUAAUUAAUUUCUUUAUUGUGCGUAAAGCACUGAGAUUAGAUAUUUACACGCGGAAAUAGUGAUGCUCAAUUAUAUACAUUAAAUAAUAGCAUUUGAAUUAAUUUUAGCUAAAUAAUUUUUGAAGAUGUAAUGUAGUCAGGCAAUUAUUAUUUUAUAUCAUUGUACUUGGGAUUAGGCCAACAAUUUAACUAUUGACUAGGUAAUUAGUCUGACUAGGACAUAUUAUAAAGUCGAUUCCUUCGACAAUAUCGCAGAUUCUGUCCAAUGAUUGUAUUUCCUGAACGCAAUCGUUGAUAUAUAACAUAUAUAAUAAUCUUACUAUUAAAUCCCAAAGUCACGUCCGACUAUGUUAGUAUUGUUCAAAAAAUACAUUCGAGAUGGACACUGAUCUCCACAUUAACUCUCGCACCACCGAAUUAUUUUUGAAACGCAAAAAUUAUAUCACUUAGGAGAUAUCCAUUUUAGUGAUUUAAAUUUUUGUGUGUGUAUUGGAAACUAAUUAUAUUACUUUU